UCCAUACAUAAUAAAAAGACACAAGUGGCAUUACCUUUCUCAUCACUUUCCACUUCCAAAAAGCCUAUUUUUUGGGAUGUAGUUUACAAAACUGAAACCCACAAAAAGAAACACAGAGCAUGAGAUCUCAAUAAAUGUCCUCGCACCUAACUAGUCACUGUCCCCUUCACUAUCUCCCACUUAAUUCCCUCAUUUAUAACAUUCACUUUCACUGAGUGUCUCUCCACUAUCUUCUCUGCUUCUGUCAUUUAAUUCUAUUCACCUCCUCUCAUUUAUAAUCUUCACUCCAAAUGCGCCUUUCUUUGUUCUCCCAUCACUUUCUCUCUGAUUGUCUUGUAGGGCUAGACAAAUCAUCCCAUUAUACCUGCUUCGAUUCGGUAUAACUAUUUACUUUGGUUCGAUCCGAAAUUCAGAUAUCCAAUCCAUUUGCUAGUUGCUACAUAAACAUCAUAUUAUAAACUUAUUUACUUAUUAGUUUAGGUAAUCAUAAUUUAUUUUUCAGACCGUUUAGUUUCCAACCUAUUGUUGAUAGACACGUUUGUAUAACACUCUCUCUAUAUAUAAAAAGAAACCUUGAUGCUAUUUCAGUAGAGUUGUAUCCAUCCCUUCUCUUAUCUGAAAACUAUUUUGUUUCUGCUUUCUCCACACACAUAUUGUCCAAUACUUACAUCAACCGCAUAAACAAAUAAACCAAGCCUGAAAGCUGAAACUCGUGGUGAUCAAGAUGAAGAAGAAAUCACUGAUAAUGUUUUCCUUUAUUCUUCUGCAAUUUCUGCUCGUAAACUCUAUGUCUCCAAAACAUUCAUCACCAAAACCAAAACCAGCUGCAGAAAUCACUAUUAUGGGUUUUGUUUACUGCGAUGUCUGCUCCAACAACAGUUUCUCCAAACACAGUUACUUCAUGUCCGGUGUGGAAGUGAGAAUUGUCUGCAGAUUCAAAGCAGCUUCGUCAACAACAAGUGAAACUGUAACAUUCUCUGCAAAUAGAACCACCAACGAAUUCGGACUGUACAAGGUAGCCAUAACUUCUCUAGACUGUGCCGAGGUAGACAGUCUGGCAAGUUCUUGUCAAGCGAGUUUGGUCGGAAGAAAAAGCUUAUCGGAUCCUUCUUGCAACAUUCCUGGUUAUAGAACCACGACGGAUCAGGUUGUGUUUAAGUCUAAACGGUCUAAUUCCUGUGUUUAUGGAUUCAAUGCUUUGAACUUCAGACCAUUCAAGAGGAAUCUUGACUUGUGUGGCAAGAAAUAGGGUUUUAAAAACUACAGAACUUGUCUUUCACCUGGUAUCGACUCUGUUUACUUCUACUCAGAGAUAUGUAUCUUUCCUAUGUUGUCUACAUUUAGCUUUGGUUACUACACAAAAUUUGUAUUCUGUGUCCGCCAAAUCUUGUCUUAAACUAUUAGUAUGAAGAUAAAUAACAUGAGGAAUAAUUUCAGUUCACACAA